AUGAGCAAUUUCUUUUUCUAUAUUGUAUUCGCUUUCAUCCUUGCAUUUUUCCAAGUGAAUGCAGUUGCAGUUAGUGCAGUCAGUGCAGAUUCUGGUAUACUAGGAGGUGCAGUCGGUGGAGUGGCUGGUGGACUAGGAGGUGGAGUCAGUGGAGUGCCUUGUAGAUCAGGAAAUACAGUCGGUGGAGUGGCUGGUGGACUAGGAGGUGCAGUCGGUGGAGUGGCUGGUGGACUAGGAGGUGGAGUCAGUGGAGUGCCUUGUAGAUCAGGAAAUACAGUCGGUGGAGUGGCUGGUGGACUAGGAGGUGGAGUCAGUGGAGUGCCUUGUAGAUCAGGAAAUACAGUCGGUGGAGUGGCUGGUGGACUAGGAGGUGCAGUCGGUGGAGUGGCUGGUGGACUAGGAGGUGGAGUCAGUGGAGUGCCUUGUAGAUCAGGAAAUACAGUCGGUGGAGUGGCUGGUGGACUAGGAGGUGCAGUCGGUGGAGUGGCUGGUGGACUAGGAGGUGGAGUCAGUGGAGUGCCUUGUAGAUCAGGAAAUACAGUCGGUGGAGUGGCUGGUGGACUAGGAGGUGCAGUCGGUGGAGUGGCUGGUGGACUAGGAGGUGGAGUCAGUGGAGUGCCUUGUAGAUCAGGAAAUACAGUCGGUGGAGUGGCUGGUGGACUAGGAGGUGGAGUCAGUGGAGUGCCUUGUAGAUCAGGAAAUACAGUCGGUGGAGUGGCUGGUGGACUAGGAGGUGCAGUCGGUGGAGUGGCUGGUGGACUAGGAGGUGGAGUCAGUGGAGUGCCUUGUAGAUCAGGAAAUACAGUCGGUGGAGUGGCUGGUGGACUAGGAGGUGCAGUCGGUGGAGUGGCUGGUGGACUAGGAGGUGGAGUCAGUGGAGUGCCUUGUAGAUCAGGAAAUACAGUCGGUGGAGUGGCUGGUGGACUAGGAGGUGCAGUCGGUGGAGUGGCUGGUGGACUAGGAGGUGCAGUCGGUGGAGUGGCUGGUGGACUAGGAGGUGGAGUCAGUGGAGUGCCUUGUAGAUCAGGAAAUACAGUCGGUGGAGUGGCUGGUGGACUAGGAGGUGCAGUCGGUGGAGUGGCUGGUGGACUAGGAGGUGGAGUCAGUGGAGUGCCUUGUAGAUCAGGAAAUACAGUCGGUGGAGUGGCUGGUGGACUAGGAGGUGCAGUCGGUGGAGUGGCUGGUGGACUAGGAGGUGCAGUCGGUGGAGUGGCUGGUGGACUAGGAGGUGGAGUCAGUGGAGUGCCUUGUAGAUCAGGAAAUACAGUCGGUGGAGUGGCUGGUGGACUAGGAGGUGCAGUCGGUGGAGUGGCUGGUGGACUAGGAGGUGGAGUCAGUGGAGUGCCUUGUAGAUCAGGAAAUACAGUCGGUGGAGUGGCUGGUGGACUAGGAGGUGCAGUCAGUGGAGUGCCUUGUAGAUCAGGAAAUACAGUCGGUGGAGUGGCUGGUGGACUAGGAGGUGCAGUCGGUGGAGUGGCUGGUGGACUAGGAGGUGGAGUCAGUGGAGUGCCUUGUAGAUCAGGAAAUACAGUCGGUGGAGUGGCUGGUGGACUAGGAGGUGCAGUCGGUGGAGUGGCUGGUGGACUAGGAGGUGGAGUCAGUGGAGUGCCUUGUAGAUCAGGAAAUACAGUCGGUGGAGUGGCUGGUGGACUAGGAGGUGCAGUCGGUGGAGUGGCUGGUGGACUAGGAGGUGGAGUCAGUGGAGUGCCUUGUAGAUCAGGAAAUACAGUCGGUGGAGUGGCUGGUGGACUAGGAGGUGCAGUCGGUGGAGUGGCUGGUGGACUAGGAGGUGCAGUCGGUGGAGUGGCUGGUGGACUAGGAGGUGGAGUCAGUGGAGUGCCUUGUAUAUCAGGAAAUACAGUCGGUGGAGUGGCUGGUGGACUAGGAGGUGGAGUCGGUGGAGUGGCUGGUGGACUAGGAGGUGGAGUCAGUGGAGUGCCUUGUAGAUCAGGAAAUACAGUCGGUGGAGUGGCUGGUGGACUAGGAGGUGCAGUCGGUGGAGUGGCUGGUGGACUAUGA